GCCGGCAACAACCGCAAGCCCCCCGGCGGCGGCGGCGGCCCCGGCCUCCCGUCAGCCGCGGGCGGCGGGAGGCAGAACAUGGGCAGAGGUCGCAGCAGUGGCAAAGGACCGCCUCAGCCUACAAUUUCUUUCGAUGGCAUCUAUGCAAACAUGAGAAUGGUUCACAUACUUACAUCAGUUGUUGGAUCCAAAUGUGAAGUACAGGUGAAAAAUGGUGGUAUAUAUGAAGGAGUUUUUAAAACCUACAGUCCUAAGUGUGAUUUAGUGCUUGAUGCUGCUCAUCGGAAAACUGCAGAAUCCAGUUUGGGGCCAAAACGUGAAGACAUACUAGAGAGUAUCUUGUUCAAGUCUUCAGAUUUUGUUAUGGUGCAUUUUAAGGAUAUGGAUACCAAUUAUGCGAGAAGAGAUGCUUUUACUGAUUCAGCCAUCAGUGCUAAAGUAAAUGGUGAACACAAGGAAAAGGAUCUUGAACCAUGGGAUGGAGGAGAGACCACCGCUACUGAGGAGCUUGAGGCGUUAGAGACAGAUGUUUCUAAUGGAUGGGAUCCCAAUGACAUGUUUCGUUACAAUGAAGAAAAUUAUGGUGUAGUAUCAACUUAUGACAGCAGUUUAUCUUCUUAUACGGUGCCAUUAGAAAGAGAUAAUUCAGAAGAGUUUUUAAAACGGGAAGCCAGAGCAACUCAAUUAGCAGAGGAAAUUGAAUCAAGUGCCCAAUACAAAGCUCGGGUUGCCUUGGAAAAUGAUGAAAGAACAGAAGAAGAAAAAUAUACUGCUGUUCAGAGAAAUGCUAAUGAACGAGAAGGACAUGGUGUGAACACUAGAGAAAAUAAGUACAUUCCACCUGGACAGAGGAAUAGAGAUGUCCUGUCCUGGGGAAGUGGAAGACAAAACUCACCAAGGAUGGGCCAGUCUGGAUCAGGCCCACCAAUUUCAAGGUCUGGAUCCCAUACUUCAGAAUUCAGUCCUAACUCUGGAGCAGAUCAGAGAGUAGUUAACGGAGGUGUUCCCUGGCCAUCGCCUUGCCCAUCUCCUUCCUCUCGCCCACCUUCUCGCUACCAGUCAGGUCCCAACUCUCUUCCACCUCGGGCAGCCACCCCUACACGGCCGCCCUCCAGGCCCCCCUCGCGGCCCUCCAGGCCCCCGUCUCACCCCUCUGCUCAUGGUUCUCCAGCUCCUGUCUCUACUAUGCCUAAACGCAUGUCUUCAGAAGGGCCUCCACGGAUGUCUCCUAAGGCACAACGGCACCCUCGAGGUCACAGAGUCUCUACUGGUAGGGGUACAAUUUCAAGUGGCUUAGAAUUUGUAUCUCAUAAUGCACCAGGGGAAGCAUCUACUACUGCAGUGGCACGAGGCAGCCCUUCAGGUGGGACGUGGUCAUCAGUUGUCAGUGGGGUUCCGAGGUUAUCCCCUAAAACACACAGGCCUAGGUCUCCAAGGCAGAGCAGCACUCCCACGGGACCAGCUCUGCCUUCUCCUCAGCCUGGUACUAUUCCCACUGAAUCUGUUGCCAUGCCUGUUCCAGCUGCCUCUCCUACACCUGCCAGCCCUGCGUCCAACAGAGCAGUUACCCCUUCCAGCGAAGCUAAAGAUACUAGGCUUCAGGACCAGAGGCAAAAUUCUGCAGCUGGAAACAAGGAGAAUAUAAAGCCAAGUGAGACUUCUCCUAGUUUUCCUAAACCUGAAAACAAAGGUGUAUCUCCAAUUGUUUCAGAACAUAGAAAACAGAUUGAUGAUUUAAAGAAAUUUAAGAAUGACUUUAGGUUACAGUCGAGUUCCUCUUCAGAUGCAGUGGAUCAGCUGCUAAACAAAACCCGAGAAGGUGAAAAAUCAAGAGAUGUAGUUAAAGAAAAGACAGAACCAACCCCUAAAGAAUCUAUCAUAGAAACUGGCAGUAAUACUAACUCUAACGGUGGCAGUAGCAAACCUAAUAGUCCAAGUAUUUCUCCUUCAAUAAGUAAUAGUUCUGAGCAAAAGCGAGGGCCUGAGGUAACUUCACAAGGUGUACAGACAUCUGGGCCUGGAAGUAAACAAGAUAAAGAGGAUAAAGAGGAGAAGAAAGAUACUUCUGAGCAAGUUAGAAAAUCAACACUUAAUCCUAAUGCAAAAGAGUUCAACCCUCGAUCUUUUGCUCAACCGAAACCUUCUACCACACCAACCUCCCCGCGUCCGCAAGCUCAACCUAGCCCCUCCAUGGUGGGUCAUCAGCAGCCAACCCCAGUGUACACUCAGCCUGUUUGUUUUGCACCAAAUAUGAUGUACCCGGUUCCAGUGAGUCCAGGCGUGCAGCCUUUGUAUCCUAUUCCCAUGACGCCCAUGCCAGUGAACCAAGCCAAGACAUAUAGAGCAGGUAAAGUACCAAAUAUGCCACAGCAACGGCAAGACCAACAUCAUCAGAGCACCAUGAUGCAUCCUGCCUCAGCAGCAGGCCCUCCAAUUGUAGCUACGCCACCUGCUUAUUCAACACAAUAUGUUGCGUAUAGUCCCCAACAGUUUCCUAAUCAGCCUCUUGUGCAGCAUGUGCCACACUACCAAUCUCAGCAUCCUCAUGUUUAUAGCCCUGUAAUACAGGGCAACGCUAGAAUGAUGGCACCACCAACACACGCACAGCCUGGUUUAGUAUCUUCUUCUGCAACACAGUAUGGUGCGCAUGAACAGACGCAUGCUAUGUAUGCAUGUCCCAAAAUACCAUACAGCAAGGAGACAGGCCCUUCUUUCUACUUUGCCAUUUCCACUGGCUCACUUGCUCAGCAGUAUGCCCACCCUAAUGCUACCCUGCAUCCGCAUCCUCCGCAUCCUCAGCCUUCUGCCACACCAACUGGCCAGCAGCAAAGCCAACAUGCUGGAAGCCACCCUGCUCCUAGCCCCGUGCAGCAUCAUCAGCACCAGGCUGCUCAGGCACUCCACCUGGCAAACCCACAACAGCAGUCGGCAAUUUACCACGCAGGUCUAGCUCCAACCCCACCUUCCAUGACGCCAGGCUCCAAUACGCAGUCUCCACAAAAUAGUUUUCCUACAGCACAACAAACAGUCUUCACCAUUCAUCCCUCCCAUGUUCAACCUGCAUAUACCAAUCCGCCACACAUGGCCCAUGUCCCCCAGGCUCAUGUACAGUCAGGAAUGGUUCCUUCUCACCCAACUGCCCAUGCUCCAAUGAUGCUAAUGACGACACAGCCACCUGGUGGUCCCCAAGCCGCCAUCGCUCAAAGUGCACUACAACCCAUUCCAGUCUCGACAACAACACAUUUCCCCUAUAUGACGCACCCUUCAGGUGAGGAGUGUGUGCCCGGGAGACCUGCACCUUAACUGAGCCAGGUCGUAGUAGUGAGGAGAACUGUUACGAACCAGAUUUGGGGAAAAGAACGAAUAAAACCUUGAGAUGUCCUUGUAGAGUGGCAGGCUGCUGAAGGCAGGCUGUUUCUGCAUUUUGCGUUUACGCUUUGCCAGCCCGAAUGCGAGCCUAGAUAAGCGUACGAGAUUUAGCUAAUUUAGCGAAGACUUUGCUUCUCUCUAGCUGAAGUAGAGAAACGGAUAACUAUGCAGACAUUGGCACUGUGGGACCGUGUUCUUCCAGGUUUUGCCGUGGUUUUGCUGUGGGGGAUGGACUGUCUGUGUAGCCUGUUUAUAAUGAUCUGGGGUUUUAUUAAAUUUAAAGUGAUUGGUCUUGAGGAUAGGAGUGAAAAUGUUGCUCGGGGGUAGGGCUGUUAGAUUUCUAAUGACUGAAGUAAAGUGACAACUGAAGUCUAAUCUUUAAUUCAGAGUAACAUUCUGCAGCUUUACUUUUUGGGAAAAGUAGGUGCUGUAUGACUUCUUUCCACUUUAAAUUUAACCUUGCUUAGGUUUCUUUAUUAUUCAUUUCCAAACAGCCUCUAAACUUUUGUAGUGAACUAGUUACCUGAUCUUGUUUCUUGGGGAAUGUGUGAGCAGAACAAGGCUGCUUUCUGAGGGUGUAGGUAGGGAAAAAAGCAUCCAAAGGACAUCUGGAUAUGCAGGGUUUUGUUUUGUUCUCUUAAAAAG